GUGACGCUGGCCACUGUUGCAACAUAUCCGCUGACCCGAUCUUCUUCCUCAAUUUUUGACAAGAAGACCCUGAGUGUACGUGCUGCAGCGCAGGCCUUGGGCUCCCACGGCCGCCGGGCUGUGGCCUCGGCCAACCCAGUGGCUGCAGUGGAGAU